UUAAAGAAACACGCUCACAUGUCGUUCGUUCUACUCAAAAGCAUUUAAAAGAAACAGUCCAAGUUUAAAGCUGGGCCUAGCGUCACUCUUACUGUUUAAUAUUACCCAUACAAGAUGGUAUAUGAAACAUCCUAUGGCAUUGGACAAAAGCCCUUUUGUCCCGAUCCAAAUCGGGGAAAGUGGGAGAAACCCUCGGACUUUAUAUUUGCCUGCAUCGGAUUAGCUCUGAAGUUAGAUGUUUUUGAUAUCUUGUUUCAUUCGCACCACAAUUUGGGCAUUUUUGGAAUAUGGCUGUAUUUUGUGUACAUGGUGAUAUAUUUGGUUCCAAUCAUAGUCAUCCACUCCUUUAUGGGCCAGUUCUCCAGUAGUGGAUUUAUCUCCGCUUUUCGUUUGUCUCCUGUUUUUAAAGGCAUGGGCUACUUAAGUGUUUGCCUGUCUCUAUCCAUGCUCAUUUGCUAUAGCAUUUAUGCUGCCAUUCCGCUGUUGUUCAUCAUAAAUUCUUUUCGACCCACUUUACCUUGGAGUUGUGAAGGCUUCACAGCUUGGUUCAAUGAGAGCUCUGGACGAUCGACUAUUUGUGAUGUGAGAAUUAAUCGAGAGUCCUCUGCAUUCCAAGACUACACAAGUCUUGAGGUACCUUCAGUCCUCUAUUUUGACAAUCUUUUUAACUCUACGCGAGAGGACAGAUUCACUGAUAUCAAUGAUGACUUUGAACUAUCCUGGCAUUUUGUUGGUCUCUUCGCCAUGGUUUGGGCCAUAAUUUCAUUGAUUUUUUUUAAAUUUUCGGAGACGGCGAAGUUUGGAAAAUUUAUACGAUACAUGGUUAUUGCGACACUGGGCCUUCUUUUAGUGUGCUUUGUGCGAUUCUGUUUUCUUCCAGGAGGGUUUUCGUGGCUAAACAAAUACGCAGCUCCAAAACCAUAUAAUUUUGUCGAAAGUUCCGUCUCAACAUUUUUUAUUGCUAUGCAGGCCUUUGGAGCUGGCUGGGGUAGUGUGAUAGCCCUAUCCAGUUUUAAUAGUUUCAAGACCAACAUAACGUCGUAUAGUUGGAUUAUUUCCUUCGGACAAAUCUUUAUUUACAUUAUGUUUAGCUUGAUUUCCGCUAUGCUGGAACAUCAUUUCAAAGACCUUGCUGACGAUUCAGAUGAAGUAGAUGUAAUGAACAGUUGGGUGAGAAUUUUGUCAAGUGCCAGCGCUUUGUCCACAAUGAGUUGGCCAAACCUGUGGACUCUCAUUUAUUAUACUACGUUAUUAAUGGCUGCUGUUAUCCUGAUAACGACACAAAUAUUCACAGUCCUUCAAAGUUUGUUCGAUGAGUUUGAGGAACUUAGAGUAAGAAAACAGGAGGCGACCUUUGGCCUUAUUGGUGGGCUCGCGUUUUGUUCCAUAUUCUUUUGCACUAACCAUGGUAUUGCUUUCUUUAGUACUUUCUUGGCUGAUGCUAUUUUCCAUCACAAUUUUCUGCAUUUAUUGCUUCUCUUGGUGGUUUUGUGGAUCUACGGGCGAGAACGCUUCCAGCAAGAUAUUGAGUUUAUGUUGGGUCAGCCGUUUGCCUUCUGGAAGAUUUUUAUACUCCGCUUCAUAGCACCAAUUUGUUUUGUGAUUUGUCUGCCGAUUGGAAUAGACUUGUCCCUUUUGAAUCACACUUGGAUCUCAGUAGAGUUGCACGUGAUGUCCAUUAUAAUGUUGGGGUUACCCCUUCUGGCAAUACCUGGCUACGGAUUGUACUACCUUUCCCAGAGCACUGGCGCCUUUUGGGACCGCUUAAGACGCUCCUGUCGUCCCACCGAUUGGUAUCCGGUUGAGAUGGAGCACCGCCAGCAGUACGAGAAAGCUGGGGACGACACCGAGAUGACCAACCAGCUUACGGAGGAACAGAUCUAAGUGGUUCUACUACAAAUAAUAAAAUUCUAUAAUUUAUUACCCAA